AUGAAGGGAAGGAGUAUCAGAGCACCAAGUAAACUUCCAGUAGUACUAGGGAAAGUACUUCUGCGCUGGAUCUUCACCAAAGCAGACCUCGUAUUCUUCGUUUACCGUUUCGUUUGGUAUGCAUGUCAUCAUAUACACGUACAGUCUUCGAUGAAUAGCAGUGUGGAUUUUUUUGAAAGUCUCAUCGAUGAAGAUGGACGUUUCGCCGAAUUAAACUCUCAAGAACCGCAAUGGGGAUACCGAAUCGUUUCAAAACCUCCAAAAAGGUUACAAGACGGUAGAGACAGUCUGUCUGUUGCACAAACAAAUGCUUGGAUGAACGCUGAAAACAUCAACAAUGGUAGUGGAUUAUCGAUGUCGCCGCCCCAUACAGUGUCGCAGCGCGAGACUGCAACUCAAGUUUCACAAUGCUACAGUGGGCCCCCAUCCCCAUGUGGAUCCACAAGCGUGACACCUUCACCCACGGCUUCUCCAGCUCUACCGCCUGGCACGGCAACCUUGGAUCCUAAUUGGCAAGCAACUAAACCUACAGUACGAGAACGAAAUGCAGCUAUGUUUAACAAUCAACUCAUGUCUGAUAUUACAUUUGUUGUUGGUAGUCCAGGGCACACUCAGAUAAUUCCAGCACACAAAUAUGUAUUAGCCACUGCUAGUUCUGUAUUUUAUGCUAUGUUCUAUGGUGGAUUAGCAGAAUGUAAGCAAGAAAUUGAAGUUCCAGAUGUUGAACCAUCUGCCUUUCUUACAUUAUUAAAGUACAUAUACUGCGAUGAAAUUCAAUUAGAAGCAGAUACAGUAUUAUCAACACUAUAUGUUGCCAAAAAAUACAUAGUACCUCACUUGGCCAAAGCAUGUGUCAAUUAUUUGGAAACUAGUCUUACUGCAAAAAAUGCAUGCCUGCUCCUCAGCCAGUCAAGAUUAUUUGAGGAGCCAGAACUGAUGCAGAGGUGUUGGGAAGUUAUAGAUGCACAGGCAGAGAUGGCCUUGACAUCAGAUGGUUUUGUUGAUAUUGAUGUAUCAACACUUGAGUCAGUAUUAGCCAGAGAAACUCUCAACUGUAAGGAAAUCAACUUAUUUGAGGCUGCAUUGGCAUGGGCACAUGCUGAAUGUAUACGAAGAGAAAUAGACCCGACACCUUCAAAUAAACGAGCCAUGUUGGGAGGUGCCAUAUAUUUGAUAAGGUUCCCCACAAUGUCCUUGGAAGAAUUUGCAAACAGUGCAGCCCAAAUUGGUAUUCUUUCUCCCCAAGAGACAAUAGAUAUAUUUUUGCAUUUUACUGCAUCAAGCAAACCACUGCUUUCUUAUCCCAUUAAAGCAAGAACAGGACUAAAAGCUCAGAUAUGCCACAGGUUUCAGUCAUGUGCCUAUAGAAGCAAUCAAUGGAGGUACCGAGGCAGGUGUGACUCUAUACAGUUCUGUGUGGAUAAAAGAAUAUUUGUUGUUGGAUUUGGACUUUACGGAUCUUCUAAUGGUGCAGCUGACUAUAAUGUUAAAAUUGAAUUGAAACGAUUAGGAAGAGUGCUGGCAGAGAAUAACACAAAAUUCUUCUCCGAUGGGUCCAGCAAUACUUUUCAUGUUUACUUUGAGAACCCUAUACAAAUUGAACCUGAAUGUUUUUAUACUGCAUCUGCUAUACUUGAUGGAAGUGAAUUAAGUUAUUUUGGACAAGAAGGCCUGAGUGAGGUUUAUAUGGGAACAGUUACUUUCCAGUUUCACUGUUCAUCAGAGAGUACAAAUGGCACGGGAGUACAAGGCGGUCAGAUACCAGAACUUAUUUAUUAUGGACCAACUCUCAACACAUCAUUAACCAACACAAACUCAAGUGAGGACUGA